UGGCUGCUGCCAGAGCUUUAGGAUUAUUUUUAGGGCAUUUGAAUAUUUGAAAGCAAGGCGAAGCAUACUCGAAUCAUUUUUGUUUGUGUGGAAUAUCAUUGCUGCUUAUUUAUUAUCUGUGACAAGCAUUCAUCCACAUGCAGCCCAAGUGAAGAGCAGUCGCGCUUGAGCACACUGCGCGCCUCGGUUGGCUGACUGGCUGGCAGGCUGCAGCUCGGAUGGAGGCAGCAGCUCAGCCCGCACGGCUGACCGUCGUACAGUCGGCCAGCUGGUUAAUAUGGAAUAUUUUCACAGAUUGAACAGCCAAAUCCGUUUGCACAGGCGGAAAAUAGCAGCCCUGUAGUAGCGCAAAUUAGAAAACCAGUUCAUUUCGUCGUUCUUUAUGGCUUCUGGCUCCGGAGAUGAAGAGGGGAACACGGAAGGCGCUUCGUGGAGGCUCAUAGGCCCGGCCACGGGGCUUUCCAAGAAGCGCUGCCGUCUAAUGUACUCCUCACUCGGACACAGCUCUGAUGUCUGCCUCUUCUACGUGAAGGGGGAGUUUUUUGCCAUGGAUGCUCGCUGUGCACAUUCCGGCGGUCCUCUGUGUGAGGGGGACAUCGAGGAGGCUGAUGGGGUCCUGCAGGUCUUCUGCCCCUGGCACGACUAUGACUUCGACCUCAGAACUGGGAAGUCAGGGACCUCCUUACAGCAAAAGGUGUAUGAAGUCAAGCUGGAGGAUGGCAACGUGUACGUGAAACACGCCAGUCGUCUCUCCUUACAGCUGUUUCCUGCGGAUCAGAAGAGUUGAACAGCCUCAUCCUUCAGCCCUUCAUGAGAUCGCUGUAGCGAGCCCACCCGGGCUAUUUUUAAGACAUGUUCCACAAACCCAAGCCAUCCGAAACAUUCCUAAGCCUUAUCUGUCAUUUUCACAGACCAUUUCUACUUUGAUUGUGGUGAACUCAGGAUGAUAGAGAGGAUUGUCUCAAGAGGACAUGACAUCAUUAAAUUGUUUCAGAGUUUUUCUUGCUGGCAUUCCAGGUAGAGACUCAUCCCAGAUACUGAACAUGGAAAGCUCACUGCUGACCUUGAUAACACACCAGACAGUAGCAAAUAUGCAACAUAAAAAGACAAAUGUUACCAUGUUAUAGAACUAACCAGCAUAUUUUAUUAUUGGCAGUAUGAAACUGAUUUGCCUAUUGAUAAUUUUCUAGAUUUUGAAGGAUUCCUGAAGAAGAUAAAAUUAUUUGUAAGUAAGAAAUGUUUUUUCUUCACAUUUGAGAAGUCAAAUUUGCACUAACUAUUACAACCUUGAAACCCACUAUCUGCCAAUGUGGAUCUAAAAAUGUUUUAAAACUUUUCAUCCCAUUUCGUAAACUCUCUACCUGCCCAUCUUGUUACUUGUUUCAGCAUAUAGAAGAUGCUUCCAAAUGUUAUCUCUAAUUUAAAUGCAACACGGUAAUUUGCAAAUAUCGAACCAUAAUUGCAAUGAGGGGAUGAAUUCACGUGCAGGCAGAAAUGAAGCCUUUGUGUUUUUGAGUCAUGUUAAGUUAAAAGGGAUCAUUACAAUAUAUGCAAACUGCAGUGCACAUCUAGUGCUUUGAAAAUGCAGUUCAAACGGACAAAAUGCACAAAAUGAAUAGCAUAGAUGAGGGAAAAAUGAAAUGAUUAUCAUCUGGAUUUGCUGGCAAAACAUGUAGAUUCUAACAAGUUGUGGUAUGUUUGUAAUUAUGAGGUCCAAUCUGACAGCCAGUGUAUUGGAAUAAGCAACAUAUGUCACCUUUUAGUAGUACCUUUUAGAGCAUAAAUUAUUUUUUUAUAAUUCCUCUCAUUUUCAGUUAAAGAAUUUGUAGUCAUGUAAUAGUGGAAGUGUAAUGAGUUCCUUUCAGUGGCUAGUAUUGAACUAAAUUUAAUCUUAUGUUCAUUACUACCAAUAAUCCUCUUCCAUGUCUUAAACAAGUGUUACCUGAGGCCUCAAAUUGUUAAAGUCACAGACAAGCAGUCAUACUAGUUGAGUUGUGGCCAAUGGAUAAAUUUAGACACAUAUUCCAGUGAUGUCAUGCAACAGAAACUCCCUUUCAGAAUAUGUAUUUCUGGACAGUUUUUAACUCAAUGAGAGUUCCAGCAAGUAGAACACACAUGAAGGGCACUGCAAUUACGUUUGGUGGUAGUCAGGGCAUUAAGACGUCUCCAUCAGCAUUUCUCUCUAUUCCUGGCCUGUGCUUGGACAGGUUUGUCUGUUAAUGACGCAGUGGGACUCAAAAGAAACAGUUAGUGUGGCGCCGGAGGAAGGUUCAUGACCUGAAAUGCACCAUUGACUCAAGAAAAAUUUGUUUUUCUAGCUUUAUGUGUGUGUAUGCACUGAUGCAAGUGUGUGUUUUUUUUAAUUCCUUAGUGGCGAGAGCAGUCACUAUAUUUUGUGUCAGCUCUGUUUUCUGGCAGAGGCACAGAGACCAGUCAUGAAGGUGUGAGUGACAGUGUGGCUCAACACUCAUUUUCCUCCAUGCUGUGCCCCCUGUGGUGCAACUUUAUUACAAUAAUAAUUCCACUGCCUAAAAACGUCUGUAACUCAUCACCUGGAGGGAAAUGGGCAUACAUGCAGCUAUAUUGUGUUGGUAGGAAAGUCAAAGUAAACAUUGUUCAGGAUUCUGCACAGGUCAGGAGCAGUAUCUUGUUUUCCUUACAUUUAUAUGUUCAGCUAAUUUAUUGCAUUUUGUUUUGUUUGUUUUUUUUGUGAAUUAUGUAAAUGGCCUAUAUGGUAUGUUAUAAAUGUAUUUUAUUGUUGUAACUUAUGCAAAGUUGAAAAUUUUAUUUGUAUUGUUUAAUUCAUAAAUUAAAUUAAUGGACACUGUGAGAUAUUAUAAAUAAAAGAGAAUAGACCAAAA